AUGACAAUGCAGAACCAGGCAUUCCCACCCAAACAGGGAACAGAACAUGCAACAGAUUGGAAACUCAGAUGGAUAAUGCAAAAAGCGUCAUUACAGGUAGAAGAGCUUAGAAGUUUUCUGUUUGACCAAUCACCAGAAACUACUUUGAGCGGAGAGAAGGGGAGAAUUGCCGAUCAGAUGUGGUUGGAGAUUGUGAGAUCGGCUACAGAGGAGGUGGAGAGUGACAUGUUGGAGCAGGGAAAUACAAUUAUAAGAUCGAAAUGGUCUGUGGGGAUCUUACCGGAUGAUCAUCGUCUACCUAAAGAAAGGGGGAUGAUGAGAGAAUUAGCUUAUUAUUCUUUUGUCCUCUGUCCAGAUUGGCAACAUUCUACAGGUGCCACAAGUUCUGGUGAAAGACAAACUGUCAUAAGGAAUGAUACUGAAAUGUCUAUUGUCCAAGUGGAAACGCCAGCGGAAAUAACAUGGUCGAAACAUGCCUGCAAAGGUCGGAAAAAUUAA